UUUUUUUUUUUUUUUUCAUUUUUGCACCUAUUUGAAAAUAUACUUGAACCAGUUUUCAGCCAUGGCAAACAGUGAUAAAAGAUUUCCAAAGUUGCGAUUUGCGCUCAUCACCGAGGAUGCUUUGGAGAUGCUGCGCCCGGAUCAAAAAACGCAAGAGUCGAGCCUUAUGGAGGUGAAGGACAUGUACGAGACGAUCAAUAAUACGGUGACUGUGCUGCUGGAGCAGAAGCUGAGGAACCUCAAGCUGGACAAGCUGGACCAAUUGAUCGAGGACAAGGUAUGCGAGAUACUCGAUCGCCACAGGGAGAUACGCAAGAGCCUGCGUGGCCUUGGAACGCCAAAGACAUCCGAUGAAUCGAUUCAUACGGUAUCCGAGUUCGGCAGCAGGCCCAUCAGACCGAUUAAGUUCGAUGCUCGAUCAAUCAAUUCGAUCGCCUCCAGGGGAAUGCGCCCCAAAAAGGCCAAGAAGGAACAAUUCACCACCGAUUAUCCCUACCAAACGGAGCAGGCCAACGAACGCAAGACGACACCAACGAAUAUUAUUAAUACGAAUAAUACGAAUAACAAUAAUAACAAUAUCAAUAAAGGUAAUAACAGAAAUGGAAUCAAAAAUGGAAAUCUACGACCUGUCGCGACAACCGAACCGAAGAAACAUUGCGCUCGGGACAUUGCGGUCAAGUAUUUCAAGGAAUUGGAUGAUCGAUGCAAGCGCAAACAAUGAAGCAUGCUCUGAUGAGAUAAAUAUACAUAUACAUAUAUAUUCAUUAUAAUGUUCCUAUAUGAUUAAAGUUAUGACCAUGUUUCAAA